AUGGCCAAAAUCAAGGCUCUCGGGACCUUCAUACUGGACGACCUCAAAGUGGAGCUUUCCCAGCUGCGCGUCGCCAAAGUGACAGGCAGUGCGGCUUCUAAGCUCUCCAAAAUCCGAGCUGUCCGAAAAUCUCGUGCCCGUGUUCUCACUGUUAUUAACCAGACUCAGAAGGAGAACCUCGGAAAAUCCUCUAAGGGCGAGCAGUACAAACCCCUGGAUCUGCGGCCCAAGAAAACACCUGCCAAGCGCCCAAGGCUCAACAAGCACGAGGAGAACCUGAAGACCAAGAAGCAGCAGCGAAAAGAGCGCCUGUACCCACUGCGAAAAUACGCAGUCAAGGCCUGA